UGCAACUAGUGUCAUUGGUGCAACAGCAGCUUCAACUUCAAUCUCCCAUAAGUGAAGUUCAUUCCAUCAUCAAUUAGAGGCUAAUCAAAUACCCAAAAAACCAUCGUGAGUGCAGAUAAAAAUUUUGGAAGAAAAAUUCAGUUGUUCCCUUACAAUUUACAAUUUUACUAUCUCUUACAAUUAAUAAUUAAUAAUCAAUCAAUCAACAGUUUUCAAUAUGAAAGGAAAAAGAAUCACCAUCACAGGAGUCACUCUCAUUGUGUCAGUAUUUGGACUUGCUAUAAUUAUGUACUACUUCAAUCAAGACGAGUGUCCCAUGGGAACGUUCCUUUGCCAGAACAGCACGAUAUGUAUGCCACAGCGUAGCUGGUGCAAUGGUUACGAGGAUUGCCCAGAGGGUGAUGAUGAGAGUGAUAUACACUGCUUUGACGCCAGUGGAUAUUGGGAUUGGUUUUUCAAGCAGCGUCCAGAGGCUGCCCUCGCUACAUGCGAUUGUCCUAGAGUCCGGGGCUGCAAUUGUAAUAAAUGCCGAGUCACCUGUGAAGAGCUCUCUGCUGUACCUCAAGAUUUGUCCCCCAACGUGACGGCACUAUUUCUCAUUUCGAAUGGAAUUGAAUAUUUGAGAGAAGGAGCUUUUUUGAGACAGUCAAGACUGUAUUGGCUGAUUCUCACCAAUAACUCCAUCAAGGAAAUUCGUCCUGGACAUUUUAGAGGAUUAUCUUCCCUCGAGACACUCCUGGCAGAUAAUAAUUCCAUCGUAACAGCUGAUUUUUCAGACUUUGCAGGCAGUAAAUCCCUGGAGUUCGUAAACUUGCGGAAUAAUUAUCUGACAGAGAAGACUCUUCGGUUACCAGAGCUCCCGGCGUUGAAAGAUCUGCAACUGGAUUAUAACAAAAUAAGAGCCAUCAGCCGGGAAUUUCUAGCUGGGAUGCCUUCUCUCCGAUCACUUACCAUGGAAGGAAAUGGAUUAAUCUAUAUCGAUCCUCAUGCAUUCAAAAAUCUUGGAGGCCUCAAAGAACUGAAUUUAGCGGACAACGAAAUCUCUGUAAUUUGGGAUCACCUACUUAAGCCACUCGUCAAUUUGACCCAGCUUAUGAUUGGAUACAACCCCAUCAACAAUCUUCAAAUAUCGAUCUUUGAUGGACUCGUCCACCUCCGUUCGUUGGGCCUCGAGGAAGUCGACAUGGAAAACUCCAGAAACAAUGCCCUUUUACCAUUCAAAAAUCUCGAGUUCGUGUACUUCAAGAAAUUCCACUACUGCAAUACUUACGCGCCGAAUGUUCAAAAUUGCCGUCCAGCAAGUGAUGGUGUUUCUUCAUUGACUCAUCUCCUCGGAAAACCUCUCCUGAAGGUCGCUGUCUGGGGUAUAUCGUCAGUCACGUGUAUGGGUAAUGCACUUGUCCUGUGGGGGCGUUUCACAGCUAAGGAUGAGAAUCGUGUUCUGAGUAUUGUUAUCAGAAAUCUUGCAGUUUCGGAUAUGCUCAUGGGCAUUUAUCUCUUCAUCAUUGGUCUCGUUGAUGUGCAGUUGCGAGACACAUACAAUCAGCAAGCAAGUGUGUGGAUGUCCUCCUGGGGUUGCACCCUCUUGGGAAUACUGGCAAUGACUUCGUCUGAAGUAUCAGUUUUAAUUCUUUCCUUCAUGUCCAUUGAGAGAUUUAUUCUGAUUGCUGCACCUUUGAAGGGACAGCGGCGGUCUUUGACACCCCAAACUGCUGGUGUCUCAAUGAUCUUUAUAUGGAUAAGUGGAAUCGCUCUUGCACUUAUACCAGCGAUCCACUGGCGUAGCAGCACACGUUUCUACGGUCUCAACGGCAUGUGCUUCCCUCUUCACAUUGAUGAUCCCUUUCUCAUCGGAUGGGAGUAUUCGGCGUUUAUAUUCCUCGGGAUCAAUCUCAUCGGGCUGAUAGCGAUUGGAUACGUGUACGCCGGAAUGUUCGCCAGCAUUUGGCGGACUCGACACAAUACUCCGUUGUUUGUAGGAGAUUCCGAAUUUGCCCUGCGCUUUUUUUUCAUCGUUUUCACAGAUGCAGCUUGUUGGGCGCCGAUUAUUCUUCUCAAAAUUCUCGCAUUCUUGAAAUAUCCGGUCCCUUCGGAUCUCCACGCGUGGGUCGUGAUCUUCGUACUCCCGGUGAACAGCGCAAUCAAUCCACUUCUCUAUACAUUUACAACUCCAAAAUUCCGAGAACGCUUGGAGGAAGGGUGGGUGGGACGGCUUCGAAAUUACGUCUCACGACGAACAUCUGCUCAAGAUUCUCGGGGAUCUUUGGGAAGCACUCAACAGAGAUCGAAUUCAUUUUUGUCUCUGACCACCAAAUGGACUGGCUCCGACCGAAAAUACAGAUAUCAAGAAACACUGAAUUUACAAAAUAAAAUUGGUUGUUUUUGUGUAACAAAUCAUGCUGAGUAACUCAUAUAUUACAAAAUCAUAACGUAUUCAUUUUUUUUAACGAUAUUUCUGGUCAAUAUAAAAAAUGUUAAUGUCUGAAUGCACCUAAACUGUUUAUUCGUGAACUGAUUGAAUUAUUGAAAAAUUCUUUGGAUUCCUAGCGGAAAUAUUAUUGGGCUUUCAUUGUAAUAAAUUGAUUAAAAAACAGAUUUUCUCUACUUUUAAAU